AUGGCCGCUCUUCUCUCCUACCUACCCCCAUUCGAGGGUCUGCUGCCCAAAUGGCUCUUCCUGGUCUCCGUCGUCUCCGCCGCAAACAGCAUCCAAGCUUACCGAUCGGAGUCCUAUGCCGCAGAUCUCUACAACGGAAAAACUGCUGAUGGUCGCCCGCCCACCAACCCUCUCUCUUCUCGGACUUUCGGUACCUGGACUUUCCUUUCCUCCGUAGUCCGCAUGUACGCCGCCUAUAACCUCAACAACCCUGCUGUCUACGAUCUCGCGCUCUGGACUUUUGGCAUUGCUCUGGUACACUUUGUCGGCGAGUGGUUGGGCUUCGGUAGUGCCCAGCUUAAGGGGCGUUUUGUCAGCCCUCUGAUUGUUGCUUCGUCUACCCUGGCUUGGAUGUUGACGCAGAGGGAGGCGUAUCUGGCUGCUUAG